CGUCUCUUCCUCUUCGAGCUGACGAGCUUUCUUCAAGUGUUUGAAGCUUUCUUUUAACGUUCGAAGAAACCUGUAAUGGUGAUUAUUAGCAGUGGCGUAGUUUUAACCCGUACUUUUUCCUCGAGAUUGCAGCCACCGCGUCUGUUAUUUCGCCGGAGAUUCUGCGGAGGAGCCAAUACGGCUUGCUCUGUCUCUCCGAACGGGAAGAGAAACUCCGAGAAGGAGAAAGUGAUUGUGAUUUCAGGUCCCACCGGCGCCGGGAAAAGCAGACUAGCACUUGAGCUAGCUAAGCGUCUCAACGGCGAAAUCAUCAGUGCUGACUCCGUUCAGGUGUACAAAGGCCUUGAUGUUGGAUCAGCCAAGCCAUCAGCAAGGGAUAGAAAGGAGGUGCCCCAUCAUCUUAUCGACAUUUUGCAUCCAUCUCAAGACUACUCUGUGGGGCAAUUCUUCGAAGAUGGAAGGGAAGCUACUAAAGAUAUUCUUAGUAGAGGGCGUGUUCCCAUCGUUACAGGUGGCACCGGAUUGUACCUGCGAUGGUUUAUCUAUGGGAAGCCAGAUGUGCCUAAACCUUCUCCAGAGAUCGUCUCCGAGGUCCAUGAUAUGCUCAUUGAUUUUCAAACCGAAUAUAACUGGGAUGGAGCUGUUGAGUUUGUGGUCAAUGCUGGUGAUCAAAAGGCCUCUUCUUUAGCUCGUAACGAUUGGUACAGACUCCGGCGCAGCCUUGAGAUACUCAAGACAACUGGAUCUCCUCCGUCUUCCUUUCGUGUUCCAUACGAUUCUUUUCGAGAUAAUUUGAAUUCUCCUGAUGCCAACAACGACUUUGAUGAGAAUGGUUCAUCUGCUGAUAUCUCUAUCCAAAACAUAAAGACAGAUUUGGACUAUGACUUCCUCUGUUUUUUCCUGUCAAGCCCACGCGUUGAUCUCUAUAGAUCUAUUGAUUUUAGAUGUGAAGACAUGCUUUCAGGUGCGGAAGGAGUGUUGUCAGAAGCUAGAUGGCUUCUUGAUCUUGGUCUUCUUCCAAACACCAGUUCUGCAACUCGUGCCAUUGGUUACAGACAGGCCAUGGAAUAUCUAUCAAAAUGUCGUCAACAAGGGGGUGUAAGUUCCCCUGGAGAAUUCUAUUGGUUUUUGAACAAAUUUCAGCAAGCAUCCAGAAACUUUGCAAAAAGGCAAAUGACAUGGUUCCGGUGUGAGCCUAUGUACCACUGGCUCAAUGCUUCUAGACCUCUGGAUGCUAUACUUGAAUUCAUUUAUGAUGCAUAUGAGAACAAAUCGGAGACGCUGGUGGUGCCAGAUACUCUCAGGAUGAACAAAGACUUGAGAAAUUCUCGAGAGGCUAAUGCACUCAAGGGGUACCGCCCCAGAAACAGGCAUUUCGUAGGACGGGAGGAUUGUUCAUCGGUGUUAGAGUGGAUCAGUAGUGAAGGGUGUAAGAGUGAAGUUUCUGUGUAAUGAAAUUAACCCACUUGCAUACUAUCAUUUUAUCCAAGAGAGAAAGCAAGUGUGUAACUUUCUGUGUAAUGAAAUUUUGAGGAGACUAGAUUUUAAGAUUAUGUUUUUUGAUGAACAUGAAUUUGGGGUCUGAAAAUUUCA